GCAGGCUAUAAGAGUGUCCCGCCGCUGCACAUGCACACUUCGGGGAAACUUCCUCGCUGGAGAGCCGCGGCGGCCAUGGGAGAAGCGCUCGCUCCCGCCAGCCCCGCUCCGCCCUAAGGCGGGUAGCCCCGCGGCGGAGGGGCGGCUGCAGCCGGGACCCCCGCCCCGACCUGUCCCCGCGUUAGGCGGUGCUGGAAGGCGUGCCUCCUUCGCCAGCACCUGGCUCUGCCCUGGAGAGGCUGUGGCGGCAGGAUGAGAGUGAACGGGAGUGAGCUGAACAGCUCCGACCUCCCGCGGGACCCACCGUCCGAGGACUCCCCGCGUCGCCCCCCGUGGGUGACCUCCACCCUUGCCGCCGUCCUAAUCUUCACCAUCGUGGUGGACCUGCUGGGCAACUUCCUGGUCAUCCUCUCCGUCUACCGCAACAAGAAACUGCGGAACGCGGGAAAUGUGUUUGUUGUAAGCCUGGCAGUUGCAGACUUGGUUGUAGCAAUCUACCCGUACCCACUGGUCCUCACAUCUGUGUUUCACAACGGAUGGAAUCUGGGAUACCUUCACUGCCAAAUUAGUGGCUUCUUGAUGGGCCUAAGUGUCAUUGGAUCAAUCUUCAAUAUUACAGGCAUCGCUAUCAAUCGGUACUGCUACAUCUGCCACAGUCUCAAAUAUGACAAGCUGUACAGCGAGAGGAAUUCAUUGUGCUAUGUUGUUCUUAUCUGGGUCCUAACGUUUGUGGCUAUUGUGCCCAACCUGUUUGUGGGAUCACUACAGUAUGACCCUAGGAUUUACUCGUGUACAUUUGCACAAUCUGUGAGCUCAGCAUAUACAAUAGCAGUUGUAUUUUUCCAUUUCCUGCUUCCCAUAGCCAUAGUUACUUUCUGUUACUUGAGAAUAUGGAUCCUCGUUAUUCAGGUAAGGCGAAGGGUUAAACCAGAUAACAACCCCAGACUGAAACCACAUGACUUCAGAAACUUUGUAACCAUGUUUGUUGUGUUUGUACUGUUUGCAGUCUGCUGGGCUCCCUUGAACUUUAUAGGCCUGGCUGUGGCCGUCAACCCAAAAACUAUAAUCCCUAGGAUUCCAGAGUGGUUGUUUGUGUGUAGUUAUUACAUGGCGUAUUUCAACAGCUGCCUUAAUGCUAUCAUAUAUGGUCUCCUGAACCAGAACUUCAGAAGAGAAUAUAAGAGAAUUAUUGUCACUUUUUGUACAACAAAGGUUUUUUUCCAGGACAGUUCUAAUGAUGUGGGAGACAGGAUGAAAAGUAAACCUUCUCCUUUGAUUACAAACAACAAUCAAGUGAAGGUGGACUCUGUCUGAAAAUUAAAAUCUUUCU